CAAGUGAAUUAAAGAAGCCAAAUAUAAAAAUACGACUUCCUAAUUCCACCUUUUUAUAUCUUUUAUAUAUGCCUCAAUUUCUUGCACACACUUCCUCUGGUUCCACAUCAUCUUCUCUACAUAUCUAUUCUCUUCAUAUUUAAUCUUCUUCUUCUACACACACACGCAACCACAUAUAUGUUUAUGUACAUGUGAAGUAGUACUGAGAUCAAUAUCGUUAUCAAUGAAUCUACCACCGGGAUUCAGGUUUUUUCCGACGGACGAAGAACUCGUCGUCCACUUUCUCCAGCGCAAAGCCUCGCUCUUGCCUUGUCAUCCUGACGUCAUCCCCGACCUCGAUAUUUACCCUUACGAUCCUUGGGACCUUCCCGGUAAAGCUUUGGGAGAAGGGAGGCAGUGGUACUUCUAUAGUAGAAAGACGCAAGAAAGAGUGACAAGCAAUGGGUAUUGGGGAUCAAUGGGAAUAGACGAGCCAAUCUUCACAAGCUCCACACACAAGAAAGUUGGCAUCAAAAAGUAUUUUACUUUCUAUCUUGGAGAUUCUCAAACUAACUGGAUCAUGCAAGAAUAUUCCCUCCCAGAUUCUUCUUCUUCCUCUAAGAGAUCUUCAAAGAAAUCAGGCCGUGGUUCUUCUAGUUCUAGCCACAAAACCGAUUAUAGCAAGUGGGCGAUAUGCAGAGUGUAUGAACAAAAUUGCAGUGAGGAAGAGGAUGAUGAUGGGACAGAACUCUCAUGUUUGGAUGAAGUGUUUUUGUCUUUAGAUGAUCUUGACGAAGUAAGCUUACCGUGAUAAAGACAAAAGCACCUAAAAUGAAAAGGUUUAGUGGGUAAUUAUUUCUAAAACAUUUAUGUACCAAAAAGAAAAUAGAAAAGGAGAAUGAGAAUGACAUCAUUCUUACAAGUUAUAUGUUGUAAGAUUAGCAAUCCCCAAAUUUGCAAGCAAGAAGCAAAUACAAAGGCAGAAGCUAUAGUCUUGUUGUAUUUUAUUUUAUUUUAUUUUCUAAUUCAAUAUAUCUUUUUAAUAC